UCACAUUAAUUUAUCCAUCAGACGAAGUCCCGAGGAAGAAGUGCAGCGUCUUUGGGAAUACAGGGGUCUUUUUGAGCUGAAGAAAACCGCCAUCGUAUCAUGUGAUUUUACUCGGAUGAUCUGUAUCCAAGAAAAAGCGCGGGAGCUACCUCGCGCGAGACAGUCUCGUUUUCAUUUUUUAUAAGCAGAUAAUUUUUGGAGUCUGUCAUAUGUAAUUUUAUAUAAAAACUUAUCAGUGAAACGAGGUGCUAAGAUUUACAAUUAUAAUGCUCAUUUACUCCACACUUAUUUUAUGUCUGACAAAUGGAUGCAAAGCACAAUUCGAUGAAAGUGACACAAGAUGAAACGUUAUUGGUGAAUUACUAUACCAGCAAACUUGAUUAGGCCGUGGCCAUUACAAUUUGUUUUGAUGUAUGUUACGUGUGUCAAAGCUAUUAUCAAAUGAAUGUCGAGAUACGACUAGUCUUAUCUACGCUGGAAUCUCAACUGUCAGUGUGUAACAUGCCUCAAAUCAUUCCGUAUUAAAAUAUAUGUUUUAAAAAAUCCGUCUUUUACACUGAAGGGACAAACACUCAAAAUUUACAGAAGCGCGCAGACGACCAUUGUUUACUUACGGAGAAUCACCGGAUUUAAAAUAUUUCUAAAUGAUUCUAACGAAUUAAUUAUCAUGAUUGAAUCGAGAUUCGGCAAGGAUUAAAUUUCAGCGAGAGUUAAGGGGGUUUAAGGAGAGCCGCGUCACACACUAAUCAGACUGUGCUCCUUCGUUAUACCUCCUAUUGAGAGCUCACUUAACAAUAAUAUUCAACUUAUAUGUGUAUAUGUAAAAACGUAUCGUAUAUCGUCGUAUUUUUGAAAAUAAUUUUCAUUGUUGAUAUUCGCGAUUUGAUAUUGGGGUAUUUUUCAUCACGUGACCUCUGUGGGCUAUUUAAAUACUUGGAGAGAGUACACACAUGGGGACGGUAGGAUGAGGAGAUGAGAUGUUUGAUCAUUCAUGACAUAUCGCUUUUUAUUUUUAUUUAAAUAAAACAUACAGGUGUGCGUGGACCUGCAUCGUGUGGUGUUUAUAGAAAAAAAUGUAAGACGUGAGUAAGAAGAAUUCCAAACGAUGAGAGUCUAGGGUUGGAUUAAAUUCAUUUCUGCGCGGAUCUGUGAUUAAAAGACUUAGCAUGGAGGAAGAUCGGUCUUUCCUGAGGAAGUUCUAAGGAUCCCAAGCUUUAUAUGUGUUUGUGUUAAUUCCGACAAGAAUGUACCGAUUCCUGUGGAUUAUUACCUGUCUGGUUGUUUUUGUUACUGUGAUCUCGGGAGGGGGGAAUCCCGCACUGUCUCGCUCCGACAUUCAGGCCCAGGGAAAGAACAUGUUUCGGGCCUUAAGUAAUUCCAGCUGUAAGAUUGACUGCUCUCGGAAGAAGUACAGGCCCGUCUGUGGAUCUGAUGGGGUGACCUACAAACACCGGUGUGAACUCAAGCGUGCCAAAAGAUGUGACAAAAAGAAGAUCAAGGUCAAGCGGAAAGGACCGUGUUCACCGUCAGAAGCCGAUAGAACCAGCAGUAACUGCGUCCGAGAGAGGAACGAGGCGCUAGAGAUCGCCAGACGACCGACGUUCGGGGUGUACAUCCCAGAAUGCCAGGAUGACGGUACGUACGCGGAGCGACAAUGCCAUGUAACAAGUGGUUUUUGUUGGUGUGUGACCCCUGACGGAAAACCAAUCGAGGGGACCCCGGUGCACGGGAGAGACCCGGCCUGUAGAGGAAAGAAAAUUGGGAAAAAACGUAGACAGCCCCGGCGAGACCGGGGUAAAAAGAAGAAAAAGAAGAGACGGAAAAGUUGUAAAACGGCUGACAAACAGAAAUUUAACCAGAAUAUCGUUAAGGUGUUCACUGACGAAUAUAAAAGGGCCGUAACUGUGUCUGGAGCGGCUUUGUUGGACACAGACAAAACCUUAGCACAGAAAGUGAUUGAGUGGAAAUUUGAUCAGCUUGAUAAAAAUAAAGACAAUAUCUUGAAACGCAAAGAAACUAGGACAAUUAAAAGAAUGGUCAGGAAAUUAAUACAACCGAAGGCCUGCGCGCGCAGAUUCCUGGAGUACUGCGAUUCCGAUCGGAAUCGAGUGAUCGUUCGGAAGGAGUGGUCAUUCUGCCUCACGACCAAUGCUAACAGCAACCAAACGCUGAAGACUCCAGAAAAAGAGGAACCAGAGGCCUCACCAAAGGUCCGUCAGCCCAUCAUAGGCGAGGCCGGGAGUUCCCUGACUGGCCUUAAUCCCAGGCAAUCCAUCUUUGUCACCGAUUCUAGACCAGACUUGGAAGUUGGCCUUGGAAGAAAGAGUUGUUCUGAGGAGCGGGCUCUCUCCCUCAACCAACGGUCGGCGGAUCCUGACGGGGGGAUCUAUAUACCGCAGUGUUCUCCUGACGGCAAAUAUAACAUCGUGCAAUGUCACAAAUAUUGCUGGUGCGCUGAUCGAGAAACAGGGAUGCCGCUUAAAGGCAUAAAAGCUAAACUGGCCUCUAAAGGCCCUCCGCAGUGCAAUAUUACAACAGAGCGUGAAAUGCCUGGUUGUCCAUUUGUCAAGAAAGCUAGGUUUUUAACUGGUUUACUGAAUAUGUUUGUGUCAGAGAUGAAGAACGAUUCCACGGGAAGUUCGAGUGACACGAACACUAAUGAAUCUGACUACCAGAAGGCUGCCAGAUGGAAGUUCAAAAGUCUGGAUAUGAAUAAAAACAUGAACUUGGACAGGAGAGAAGUGAAAAAAUUCCGCAAACUUAUACCAAAACAGAAAGAAACUAGAAAGUGUAGCAGGAAUUUUCUCAGAUAUUGUGACGAAAAUACAAAUAAGAAAAUAACUUUAGAAGAAUGGUUAAGCUGUACAAACUUAAGCGACUAUGGCUUAAUCGUUUCAGAGAGUCCACGAAGAAAAGGUAAAAAUCCUCUCAGAGAAUACUUAAAGCCAAGUUAACAUUGAAUUUCGCCCAAUAAAAUAACAAAAACAUUCUGAAGAGUGAAGUACUUCA